AAUUGCCGCAGAAGCAGCAGCGAGAGACAGACAGAGAAACACAAAACGACGUUCCCUUUCUGCGUUCCACUAAUUGAAUUCCUUCACUUUCUUUCUUCCCACUUGUAUAAAGAAAAAACAAACGCAGAGCGCAGACUUUGUAUCAUCGUUCUUUGAAUUGGGUCUCGAGGAUCCGACCCGGAUCCAUGGGGUGCGUGAGCUCGAAGCAAGCGGUGUCGGUGACGCCGGCGAUUGACCACUCCGGCGCGUUCCGGAGCAAUGCGGGUGGUCUGGCCGAGCCGGAGAAGAAGAGGAGCAAGAAGAGGACCGAGUCUGGUGGAGCGAGUCAGAGCGAGGUAGGUGAGUCGGGGAGAACGAGUUCCAAUUGCGACUCGCUCAGCUUCAGGCUGGGGAACCUCCACAAGUACGUGCAGGGCGAACACGUCGCAGCCGGCUGGCCCGCCUGGCUCAGCGCCGUCGCCGGCGAAGCCAUUCACGGCUGGGUCCCCCUCCGCGCAGACGCCUUCGAAAAACUCGAGAAGAUAGGGCAGGGGACGUACAGCAGUGUGUUUAGGGCGAGGGAGCUUGAGACGGGGAAGAUAGUGGCAUUGAAGAAGGUGCGGUUCGACAAUUUCGAACCGGAGAGUGUGCGGUUCAUGGCGCGUGAGAUACUGAUCCUGCGACGGCUUGAUCACCCCAAUAUCAUAAAGCUUGAGGGUUUGAUUACUUCGAGGUUGUCGUGUAGCAUUUACCUCGUGUUUGAGUACAUGGAGCAUGACAUUACGGGGCUCUUGUCUUCCCCUGAUAUCAAGUUCACUGAACCGCAGAUUAAGUGCUACAUGAAGCAGUUAUUGGUUGGUCUUGAGCACUGUCACUUGCGAGGAGUGAUGCAUAGGGACAUUAAGGGGUCGAAUCUUUUGGUGAAUAAUGAAGGGGUUUUGAAGGUGGCAGAUUUUGGGUUGGCAAAUUUUGUCAAUCCUGGGCACAGGCAACCUCUGACUAGUCGUGUUGUCACCUUGUGGUACCGGCCGCCGGAGCUUUUGCUCGGUUCGACAGAUUAUGGUCCAGCUGUUGAUCUCUGGAGUGUUGGCUGUGUCUUUGCGGAGCUGCUUGUUGGAAAGCCUAUACUUCAGGGGAGGACAGAGGUUGAACAACUGCACAAAAUUUUCAAGCUCUGUGGCUCCCCACCGGAUGAAUACUGGAAAAAGUCUAGACUUCCUCAUGCAACUUUAUUUAAGCCACAGCAACCAUAUGAUAGUUGCCUUCGACAGUCCUUUAAAGAUUUGCCAGUGACCAGUGUACAUCUGCUACAAACCCUUCUUUCUAUAGAACCAUACAAACGUGGAACUGCCACAUCUGCUCUAUCAUCAGAGUAUUUCAAAACAAAACCUUAUGCGUGUGACCCAUCAAGCUUGCCAGUAUACCCACCUAGCAAGGAAAUCGAUGCAAAACACAGGGAGGAAUCAAGGAAAAAAAUUAGCGGACGAGUGCGUGGAACUGAAACAAGAAAACCGUCAAGAAAACCUCUGGGAUUCAAUAAACUAGCCCCAGCAGAGGAUUUGGCAAGUCAAACUCAGACUUCCCAGAAGGUCAAUGUUAGAUCUUUCCGUGUCCUUGAAGAGGAGAGGACUAAAAUAGGUGACAAAGCACAAAAGCCAUCAAGUGGUAAACCUGAAGAUGCUUCUCAUGUGAAGAAUGCUUCUCAAGGAGAUAUUCCCAUUUCUGGACCAUUACAAGUUUCAACAUCAAGUGGCUUUGCAUGGGCCAAAAGCCGUAAAGAUGACACUUCAUUUCGAUCCCAUUGUCGAACUAUUUCAAGAGGACAUACUUUCAAUCCAUUAGAACCUUGUACAUUAAAUUCAAGGAAUAAUUUGGACACCAGAAACCAGGAAAAUAAGGAGUUUUCUGGAGGAUGCACCAAUUCUAGGGGCCAUGACCUUCUUGAAAUUUCUAAACUUUCAAUGCAGAAUCAAUGGAGUAAGUUUGAUCGCCCAGAUUCAUUUGAUGCUUCAGAUGAGUACCACUCGCAAGAAUUGUCUAUCGCCCUUUAUCAUAGAGAAGAUUCAGCUUCCAAGAGAAGUAACCUGAGUUUUCAAGAUCAAGGGGAAAAGGUUGAAUUUUCUGGGCCCCUACUAUCUCAAAUGCACACAGUUGAUGAGCUCUUGGAAAGGCAUGAGCGUCACAUCCGGCGAACUGUCCGGAGAUCAUGGUUUCAGAGAGGUAAGAAGCUUGGGAAGUAAAUCAAGUAAUUGCAUGGGUAUUUACUCUUGUAGGGCACAGACCUUGAGCAUCAUAUCAAAAUGAUAGCUGGGAAGGCCAUCUUCUUUCCCCAAUCACACCACUAUAAGCAGAGAAUGAACAUCUGACUUAUACAAUGACACACUGUCUAGCAGCCUGAUCUGUUAUAUAGAAGCUGGGAAACUCAACAAUUCAAGAACACCAUUUCCAGCUUCCAAUUUACAGAAAAUCUGAUGACCAAUGUAAAGAAAAGAAGAAAGGUUUGAGUUCCCCUUUUCGGUCAAUUAUAGAUAAAAAAAAAACUUGUUUAUGUAUGGUCUAAACUCCUCCCUUUUCCUGUCUUUGCUAAUUGUUAUCUACAUGCAAGUCUUGUCCGGCAAUUGUAUAUAUUUCACCUGUUGUGACUGACUUGAGAAUAUAGUUAAUCUACUCACCAUUAUUCAAUCAUUUUUUAGGCUUUUAAUGAA